CGCUUACGUCAAAGUGCAUGUGAUCUUGACAAGAGGUCAAAAAAGAUAAUUGGCUCCAGCAGAAAAAGUAAUCCUUUACAACUAAGAAACUGAUUUAAAAGACCUGAAGCCAUGAAUUUCCUACGUAGACGUCUCUCAGACAGCAGUUUUGUGGCCAACCUUCCCAAUGGCUACAUGAUGGACCUUCAAAGGCCGGAUAAUUCCACCAGCUCCCCAGUGUCACCAGCCGCAGAGAGGAAACAGCAGCCACAAACAGUUCCAACCUCAGCAUCUACACCCAGUUCCGGCCUCUUUAGCUCUUUCACCAACGCGGUAAAGCAAACCACUCAGGCAGCAGCUGGAUUGGUAGAACAGACAGGACCUCCUGCACCACCGGUGAUACUAAAGCCCAAGAUUCUUCUGGUGAUAGACGAUGCUCACACAGACUGGGCCAAGUAUUUCAAAGGAAAGAAGGUGAAUAAAGAGUAUGAGAUUCGGGUGGAGCAGGCAGAAUUCUCUGAGCUGAAUCUGGCAUCCUACGUAAACGGUGGUUGCAUGAUCGAUAUGCAGGUGGUUCGCAAUGGUACAAAAGUGGUCAGGUCUUUUAAGCCAGACUUUGUGCUGAUUCGCCAGCACGCUUACAGUAUGACUCUUGGGGAGGAUUUCCGGAGCCUUAUAAUGGGUCUGCAAUAUGGAGGCGUCCCCAGCAUGAACUCCCUGUACUCCAUCUACAACUUCUGCAGCAAACCAUGGGUGUUUUCACAGCUAAUAAAGAUCUACCAGAAAUUGGGCGCUGACAAGUUCCCCUUGGUGGAGCAAUCCUUCUUCCCUAAUCACAAGCAGAUGUUGACAGCACCAAGUUUCCCUGUGGUUGUGAAAAUGGGGCACGCGCAUGCAGGGAUGGGCAAGGUGAAAGUAGACAAUCAAUACGAUUUCCAGGAUAUAGCCAGUGUUGUGGCUAUGGCCAAAACAUAUGUGACCACUGAGCCUUUUAUUGACUCCAAGUAUGACAUUCGGAUCCAGAAGAUUGGGAGCAACUACAAAGCGUACAUGAGAACAUCGAUAUCUGGGAACUGGAAAGCAAACACCGGCUCUGCCAUGCUGGAGCAGAUUGCAAUGACAGACAGGUACCGGCUAUGGGUAGACUCCUGUGCUGAAAUGUUUGGAGGUCUAGAUAUUUGUGCAGUAAAGGCUGUUCACAGUAAGGAUGGCAAGGACUUUAUUAUAGAGGUGAUGGACAGCUCCAUGCCUCUGAUUGGAGAACAUGUGGAGGAUGAUCGUCAGCUUGUGGCUGAUCUCGUGAUCACUAAGAUGACCCAGCAAGUUCAGAUGAAGCCUGCAACUACAUCUCCACCCAGACCCCAGCCACAGCAGAUGCAGCCACAGCCAUUAAAGCCACAGAUGCAACCACAGCCAGGACCACAGGGUGCAGGAGGGCUUCCUGCCCAACCAAGGCCUCUUCCACAAGGUGGACCCCGUCAGACUCAAGGUACCCCUCCUGCAAGAACAGGGCCACCUCCACAACAGAGGCUUUCUCCACAGGGCCAGCAGCCCCAGGCAUCACAGCCCACAUCUCCACAGCCGCAGAGGUCUACAAACUCUCCACACGUUUCUCAGCCUGCAAGUGGAACUCCUCCUAACCAGUCCCCAAAGCCUGGAAAUGCUUCUCCUCAACAACAAAGACCACCUGCCCAGGGUCAGGCACUGACCCAACAAGGAUCUUUGCCAACAUCCAAGCCACAGCAACCACCCCAUCCUCAUCUUAACAAAUCCCAGUCUCUGACCAACAACAUCAAUAUCUCAGAUCCUUCUCAGCGUGGAGGUGGAAAUGAAGACGAAGCAAAGGCAGAAACCAUCCGUAACUUGAGGAAAUCCUUUGCCAGCCUCUUCUCAGACUAAUCACAGCUGUCUUUCCCUAAACAUCAGCCUUUGUGGUGACAGUAAUAUCUUCCAGCCGUCUAUUCCCAGUACUACUUCAUACCCUAAAGGCAGCAGAUCAAGCCCUGUAAACAUCCGUCAUACAGAUUAAUAAUACAGAAAACAAAACUAUUUUUAUCACCAAGAAAAAAUGCCCUAGGACACUUAACUGUCUUCUUUUGGUUUUCUGUCUACAGACCAUGUACCACCAAUACCAGCUAAUGCCUCAAGGCACAUAAAGCUGCUUUCCUACUUAACUUUAGCAAUGGCAAAGCAUUGUACAGCGGAGUUGUCAGCAUCAUUACUUGGUUAUCUAAUGAUUGGAUAAACCAUUUUAUGGACCUUCUUCUCCUUUGAAAUACCAAUAGAAAGUGCACUAAUAUAUUGACCAAGAUCUGAGCCCACCAAUGAAAAAAAAAACUAUGCAUCUACUAGUUUUGCCUUCAUGCCAUCCUAUCAGACAGCAGAAUAACUAGGUCCCUAGUUUAUUUUUGCAGCAUACUAACUACCAGAUGUUUGCCUAGCUUCAUGUGAUGACAUCAGAUAUAACUGAAGGUGUAUUUUUGAUUACUUAUAUGCAAGACUGAACAUUUAAAACUAUAAGAACCUGAUGAGCCAUCUCUUCCAAACCAUUGUAUUUACAUGACUGUCUUCUUUCAGUGCUAGCCAUAGUCCCAGAAUGCUGCAAUUAUCCAGCUAUACCAUAUCAGAGAUUAUCCUUUCUACUACUGACAAUUACACAAUUUAACCCAUUACUACCAGUGCAUUUACUUGUGAUAUGAAUGUACUUUUUGUUUAUCUAGUCUAACCUCAGUGUUAUUCCUUGUUCUACAAGAAUAUCAGAGGCACUGCUAUUAAGCAGAAGCAAAACUAUUAGGUAAUAAUAAAGACCAUUGGCUGAUCAUCAGUCUCAUAUCACUAAUAAAAACACAUAAAAAAUGUAGAUCACAAUUUCCCAUUUUCCUAACAGCCAGUAGUGAAUCAUUUUAUGAAACUAAAUGCGUAGGUGUUUAUUGAGGCGAGCUAUACACCUGCUUAAUACAUAUUUUGCACAAGUAAAAUGUGAUUCAUUACAUUUGGCAUGCACAGAGGUAGAUCACAUGUGCACGUUAAAAAAAGGUUAAUAAAUCUAGUCUCACUAA